CACGGUGUAGACGACUUCAUUCGACCAAGUUAAAGAACUUCUAACGAUUACAAAAUGAAUAGUUUGUUGUGCCUUUUGGUGAUUUGUGCUGCAGGAUCCGUCCUCACAGCUCCUGAUCCUGAGACAAUAUCCGCUAAGAUUACAUUGGUUGAGGAUGUUGAUGAAUUCGUCCGAGCAAAUCCCGGUGUAACUCUGACCAAGUUAGACAAUCUCAGGACAGCAGGAGCCAUUCACUACUCUCUGGGUCAGAGAGUGUCUGGGGAUCGCCUUGUAGCACGCGGCCAGGAUUCUGCCAGCUGGGGAUCGCCACAGGACGUGCAACUCACCCUGAAUUAUCCUGCCAAUGGUGGAUAUGGAGCCGUAGUGUCCUAUGUCAGCGUCCUUGUUGAUCAAACAUCGAAUUUGGGUGGUGGUUACGUUCUAUAUGGCGGGAUUGGUCAGAGGCAAAUUGGCAUCCUUAUUGAGGCUAGGAAUACCUACACAUUUUCCUACAUUGCUGAAGUCUAUGGUCUAUAAACCGUAUUACAAACCAUUCGGAAUCAAUAUAAUAAAUUUUACUCUUCAGUGA